AUCCAUGAUGGAACUGGAGUCAUGCGUCCCACCAGGCUUUAGAUUUCACCCCACUGAGGAAGAACUGGUAGGUUAUUACCUCAGGAGAAAGAUUAACUCGCUGAAAAUUGAUCUAAAUGUUAUUAUGGACAUUGAUCUAUACAAGAUGGAGCCAUGGGAUAUCCAAGCUAGUUGUAAGCUUGGCUAUGAUGAACAAAAUGACUGGUACUUCUUCAGUCAUAAAGACAGGAAGUAUCCAACAGGAACACGGACUAAUAGAGCCACUGCAGCUGGAUUUUGGAAGGCAACAGGGAGGGACAAAGCUGUGCUUUCAAAGAACAAAAUUAUAGGGAUGAGGAAGACCCUGGUUUUCUACAAGGGUCGUGCACCUAAUGGUAGGAAGACAGAUUGGAUCAUGCAUGAGUAUCGACUCCAAACUGCCCAUAAUGGACCGCCACAGGAAGAAGGAUGGGUGGUCUGCCGGGCAUUUAGAAAACCAAGUCCUAAUCACAGGCAAGGCUUUGAAGCAUGGAACCAUGCUUACUAUAUCAGAGAUAACGGCCAAGUUAGGCCUCCAAUACCAAUUUCAGAUAUAGGAAGUACAUCUCAUCAUCAUCUUCACACGAAACAAGGAUCAAGUUUUUAUGAAUCCUAUGGUUCAGGACAAGAGCUUGUUUCCAACCAUAAUUUUUUGGACAGCCAACAAGUAAUGGAACUUCCACAACUGGAUAGCCCCACUACUCUUUCACCAACUUUAGCAACAAAAGAUGGUUUCCAGGGGAAACUUGUAACAAAUGAGGAUUGUGAUGAAGCAAAGAGCAAUAACAGUGGCCAAUACAUUGACUGGAAGAACUUGGACAACUUGUUUGCCUCACAGCUGGCUGAUACAACUUCUUAUCCAUAUCAAACUGCAGCACUAAUACCCCAAAACUACGAACUAGAUGCUGAAGAGCACGUUAGCCAUCUGCUUGGUUGCUUACCUGGAUCAUAGUAAAAGCCUAAAGUUUUACAAUUUUUUAUGCAAGGUGCUGAUCAUAUAAAACUCUUAUCUCAAACUAAUAGGAACUAAGUUUGAAAAGUCCUUCAGAUUUUAAAAUAUAAUUGCAUUGCUAAAAGUAGAGUACAUGUAGUAGAGAAAUUAAGAAUGGAUUUGUUAUGAUAAAGAGAGAAGACUUCCUGCAAGCUUUAGGGUGUAUGUAGAAAGUUUUCACUUCACCUUUUUCUCAUUUAUUAUCUUUACAAAUUUGUAUAUUGCGCAAUAGUGCAUAUGUCUACGUAAUAAUGUUAGUCUUUU